AUGGACGAAUCGCUCAUUGCAACGAUCAACAAGCUCCAGGAUGCGCUUGCGCCACUAGGCGGAGGGCUGUCGUCGCCCGUGGACUUGCCCCAAAUCACCGUCGUGGGGUCCCAGUCCAGCGGCAAAUCGUCUGUGUUAGAGAACAUCGUGGGCAGAGACUUUUUGCCUCGAGGAACAGGCAUUGUCACGAGAAGACCGUUGGUUUUGCAGCUUAUCAACAGAAGACCGGGCGUGAACAAGGCGGAAGAUGCUGAUAAGGUCAACAAGACCACCGAGAAGGGUGAGGAGCUGGAGAACAACUUGGAGGAGUGGGGAGAGUUCUUGCACUUGCCAAACAAGCGGUUUUAUAACUUUGAGGAGAUCAGGGCUGAGAUUGUGAGGGAGACGGAUGCUAAGACUGGUAAGAACUUGGGCAUUCUGGCGGUUCCCAUCAACUUGCGUAUCUACUCUCCACAUGUGUUGACCUUGACAUUGGUGGACUUGCCGGGCUUGACAAAGGUGCCUGUGGGCGACCAGCCUAAAGAUAUUGAGCGUCAAAUUAGGGAGAUGUUGUUGAAGUACAUUUCCAAGCCUAACGCUAUCAUCUUGGCUGUCAAUGCUGCAAACACCGAUUUGGCCAACUCGGACGGGUUGAAAUUGGCCCGUGAGGUCGACCCAGAGGGCGCCCGUACCAUUGGUGUGUUGACCAAGGUCGAUUUGAUGGACGAAGGUACUGAUGUGGUGGAUAUUCUCGCCGGUAGAGUGAUUCCCUUGAAGUUUGGCUACAUUCCUGUGAUCAACCGUGGCCAGAGAGAUAUCGAGCUGAAGAAGACCAUCAGAGCGGCUCUUAAUGACGAGACUGCUUUCUUUGAAAACCACCCUUCAUACAAAGCCAAGUCCCAGUACUGUGGUACCGCUUUUUUGGCCAAGAAGUUGAACAGUAUAUUGUUGCACCACAUCAAGAGCACUUUGCCAGAUAUCAAGUUGAGAAUUGAAAACUCCUUGAAGCGUUACCAGAACGAAUUGUCUAUUUUGGGUCCAGAAAUGCAGGAGAGCCCUACUUCCAUUGCCUUGAGCAUGAUCACCAACUUUGCCAAGGACUACAAUGAGAUCUUGAACGGUGAGGCCAAGGAAUUGUCUUCCCAGGAAUUGAGCGGUGGUGCUCGUAUUUCUUUCGUGUUCCACGAGAUCUACAAGAAUGGUGUCAACUCUAUCGAUCCCUUUGACCAGAUUAAGGAUGCCGAUAUCCGUACUAUCAUGCACAACACCUCUGGUUCUGCCCCAUCCUUGUUUGUGGGUACCCAGGCGUUUGAGGUGCUUGUAAAGCAGCAGAUCCACCGUUUGGAGGAACCAUCGUUGCGUUGUGUCAACUUGAUCUUUGACGAAUUGACGCGUAUCUUGAACCAGAUUAUCAGCCAUCCUCAGUACUCCAGAUACCCAAUGUUGAAAGAGCGUCUUUCACAGUCAUUUAUUCAAUUUUUGCGUGAGGAGUUGAUCCCCACCAACAAGUUUGUCCUGGACGUGAUUAGCUCUGAACAAACAUACGUGAACACCGCCCACCCUGACUUGUUGAAGGGUCUGCAAGCCAUGGCCAUGGUGGAGGAGAAGUUCCACCCUAAGCCACAGGUUGCCAUUGACCCUAAGUCAGGCAAGCCUUUGCCAGCCAGUCAACAACCAGCACCAGCACAACAAGCACAGUCCAAGGAGGAGUCUAACGGGUUCUUUGGCGGAUUCUUCUCGUCCAAGAACAAAAAGAGAUUGCAACUGAUGGAAGCACCACCACCAGUGUUGCGUGCUACGGGUCAGAUGACAGAGCGUGAGCUGAUGGAGACAGAAGUGAUCAAGCUCUUAAUCUCUUCGUACUUUAACAUUGUCAAGAGAACGGUGGCAGAUCUCGUGCCCAAGGCGGUGAUGUUGAAGUUGAUCACCAGGUCCAAGGACGAGAUCCAGAAAGAGUUGUUGCUGAAGUUGUACAGUGCCGAGGACUUGGGCGACUUGGUUAAGGAGAACGAGGCCACGGUGCAAAAGAGAAAGGAGUGUUUGAAGAUGGUGGAGGUGUUGAAGAAUGCCAGCGAGAUUGUCUCGAGCGUAUAA